UUCUUUGAUCAUGGAACAUACAUUAAAUUUCAAUUCAUUAAUUCAUGCUCAUUUCCCAAAAUGUAUACAUUGCAUGAAGACUUUAUGAUCGGACGAUCAUUAUGCAAAACAUUUUCAUUUACUCACAAAAAUCUUCACGCUUGCAUGGUAUGAAAAUUAAACUAAAUUUUUAAGUCAUCUUAGCUUCAAUUACACUUAUUUCCACCCAUUUUUCGCCAUUGCAUGUGAAGUAUAUGGCCAGACUGUCCAUGAAACUGACUUUAGUUCUUCGUAUCCCUCAUUCUCCAAUUCCGAAUCCUUUUCAAUCUCAUCCCAUUUUUUUAUCAUUACAUGUGAUAUAUAAUACAUAUAUGUUUUUGUAUAUAUGGUAUAUACUACAAUGUGCAGCACAAGAAUGAAUUCAUAGCAGCAAAAAGUAAACAGAAGUGAAGAAGUAGUGAUGGGGGAUCAUAGCUUUCUUGUGAAUUUUUCAUCCUUGUUGGUUCUCAUAAUUUGUGCAGACACAAGCUUAGCUCAACUUACUCCUGGUUUCUACAGAAAGACAUGCCCCAAUGUGGAACGCUUGGUUCGUUCUGCUGUGGAGUUGAAGUUUCAGCAGACCUUUGUGACUGCUCCUGCUACUCUCAGACUCUUCUUCCAUGAUUGCUUUGUGAGGGGUUGUGAUGCUUCCAUUUUGCUUGCAUCUCCAAAUAAUAAGGCAGAGAAAGAUCACCCUGAUGACAUUUCUCUAGCUGGGGAUGGUUUUGACACAGUGGCUAAAGCCAAGGCAGCUGUUGAUAGUGUUCCUCAGUGCAGAAACAAAGUCUCUUGUGCUGAUAUACUUGCUCUGGCUACCAGAGAUGUUGUAAAUUUGGCUGGGGGACCAUUUUAUACAGUUGAAUUGGGAAGGCGUGAUGGGAGAAUAUCCACUAUUGCCAGUGUUCAACGUCGUCUUCCUCAUCCUCAUUUCAAUUUAGAUCAGCUAAAUUCCAUGUUUGCCUCCAAUGGCCUCACUCAGACAGAUAUGAUUGCCUUAUCAGGUGCACAUACUAUUGGAUUCUCUCACUGUGGUCACUUGUCAAAACGGAUAUACAAUUUCAGCCCCAGAAAAGGAAUUGACCCAACACUAAACUUACAAUAUGCCUUAAAACUUAGAGAGGCAUGUCCUCUGAGAGUUGAUUCUAGAAUUGCCAUAAACAUGGACCCUGUGACACCCCAAAAGUUUGAUAAUCAAUACUUCAAGAAUCUGCAGGAAGGAAAGGGUCUAUUCAGUUCUGAUCAGGUCCUGGCUACAGAUGAAAGAUCAAAGGGCACAGUCAACUUAUUUGCAUCAAGUCAACUAGCUUUUAACAAUGCUUUUGUUCAAGCUAUCACUAAGAUGGGAAGAAUAGGUGUCAUAACAGGAAGACAAGGGGAAAUAAGGUCUGAUUGUUUCAGGGUUAACUGAGAAACUCAAAUCAUGGUAUACUCUUUACAAAAACGUUUGUAAGAUGCUUCUAUCAUAUCCUAUGAUUUAGUGUUAAAUUAGUUUUUUGAAAGUUAAAUUUUAAUUUUAUGUAGGAUGUAAAUGUUUACUUCUUUCAUAUUAAAACUUUAAAUAAUUUUUUUUUUGUCUGCAUGAAUGAGUUCAUCAUU